AAUAAUGCAGUAGACCGACGCGAAACCCCGCCCGCCAGGUCGAUUAAAAUGGACUUAUAUCAAUGCGGAAAGAAUCUUGCACCAGUUAGUUUCAAAAGACGGUGUUAAUAUCACGUCUUUGAAAUUCGUAUAGUAUAUUUCUUCACGGUCAUCAGUAACUGAUAUAUACAACAGAUAUUUAUUUACACUAUCAAUAUUAAUGAUUAAAGGAAGUUAUACUUCACGUCCGUGCCUCUGUGAAUAAACAUAUUUUUUUUAUUUCUCAACAAAUAUUUCAAAAAUGGCUAAGGCUGUUCAAAGGAAAGUGUUCGUUACACGGAAAGUGCCACAACCCGGAAUCGAACUUCUGGAAAGGGCUGGAUGCAAGGUAGAACUCUGGGACAGCGAUGAGGCGAUUCCAAGGGAGGAGCUUAUACGUGGGAUAUCCGGUGCUCACGCUCUGUUCUGUAUGUUGACGGAUCGGAUUGAUGGCGAGGUGCUGGAUGCUGCAGGACCAAAUUUACAAGUUGUAGCCACGAUGUCUGAUGAAUAUGAACACAUUGAUCUAGAGGCAUGUCGUAAACGAGAUGUUCGUGUUUGUAACACUCCUAACGUGUCCACAGACAGUGUGGCUGAGCUAACAGUGGCACUGCUGUUGCUCACUACUCGGCGAUUACUGGAAGGGGUUCAAGCUGUUAAAGAUGGGAAAUGGGGGAAGUGGAAGCCUAUGUGGUUGUGUGGUAUGGAGCUUACACAGAAAACAGUUGGAAUACUAGGACUCGGACGCAUAGGGUUUGGCGUUGCUAGGCGUUUGAAGCCAUUCGGAGUCAAAAGAAUUGUGUACCACGACGUUUGCAAAUUCGGCUACGCAGACGAUAUCGGGGCCAGUUUCGUAGACUUUGGUACACUCUUGACUGAAUCAGAUGUGAUUUGCAUUUGUUGUAAUCUUACAGCACAAACAAAAUACAAAUUCAAUACGACUGCUUUCAAAAAGAUGAAAAAGAACGCCAUAUUGGUGAACAGCGGAUCAGGCGGAGUGAUACAACACGAUGAUCUCUUUGACGCAUUAACUUCCGGAGAAAUUGCUGCGGCUGGACUGGACGUCACUGAACCAGAACCACUUCCGGCGGAUCACAAGCUUGUAAUUCAACCGAAUCUUAUUGUUCUUCCGCACAUGGGAAGUAACACUACGGACUCAAGGAAUAGUAUGUCGGAAACAACCGCCAAUAAUAUAUUAUCAGUAUUCAAUGACCAAACUGCCACUGGUUCGGUGCAGUAGAAAUUGCUUUUGAAUUGAUUUUACUUCCAUGGUAUUUUUGUAGUUAAUAUCAAAAUACACUGUUGUUUCAAAAACUAAUACUAGAUUCGUUUCCAGGAAAGUUGUUUCUAAUACUAGAUUCGUGACUUUAAGAAAAUGGACCCGUAAUAAAUUUCGACAAUUUCUGAGUGACUUCAUAUUUUCGUUAGGCAGUUCAGGAAUUAUUGAACGUGAAUGUAUCUUAAAGAGAAUUCCUAUAUUUUUUUUUCCUUUCAUAGAUUUUUUUUUCAAAUUCACAUGCUUGUGCUGAAAACAAUGAACAAAUAAAAGCAAUGGGUCACCAGGCUUGUUUUUGUGAAAAAAUGUUUUGAACACACUGUUGCUGAAACUGCUAGCGAUUUUUCAACAUUUUUAUAAUUUUCUGCAUUUUUUAUAAAUACCAACCAAAAUAUGCAUCAAGACAGCACAAAAAGGUUUGUUCUUUUUACUGAUUUUAUUAUAUACUUAUUUGAUAUCAUAGUCAUACUUGUAAUAAUAUAUCAUUAUAAUAAUGGGUAGCUACAAAUGAAAAAAAAAAAUCUUUUUUCAUAUUCACUUUUGUGAACUUUUUUCAAUAAAAAAUACUCAUAGUAAAGAAUAGUUUUUUUAAAUUUUGAAAAAACUGUUUCAUAGAUUUUUUUCCUGUUUUCCUUGUGUAUAGAUAAAUGUAUUGCGAACAUAACAGUGGCCAAAAAUGUAUGGAUCCCAGGCUAAUUUGUAUGUCGAGACCGCUUGAAUUCAACACCUGUUCGGACGAAAAAUGGCGCGAACCUGACCAGAUUGAUUAUAUCUGCUAGAAGUUUAAAAAAAGCUAAAAAAAAUUCUUAAUUCUUUCUAUAAUUGAAUACUAAAUGAUCUGAAAGGAGAUAUUAUCUUAUCAAUACAAAGUUAAUUUUCUUACAUUAUGUGAACAAUAUCGUCUUUAUACUGAAAUGCGCUGUCAAAACACAGCCAAAAAUGGCAAGUUGCAUGAUACAUGUCAGGCAUGAUAUAUGUCAAUACAACAUAAACCAAUAUCAACAUUUAAUUAGUGAUAAAACUUAUUCUUGCAUAAAAACUACUUUUUUCACUGGAUCCGCCCAUGUAUUAACGGGAGAAAAAUCGUGUGCAAACAAGGCAAUUCACGUGCUGUUAAUACCCGAUUUUUAUUUUUGAAAUGCUUUCCCGAUACUGCGCAGAUUGACAUCUGGUAUCUGCGUCUUUUUUCUUUCAUGAAAACCUCUUCUUGAAGCAUUAAAGAUGCAAUCUAAACCAUAGAGUGUUUUACUGUAUCAGUAACUAACGCCAAAUGCGCUGCCCCCAACAUUGUUCGUACUCGUUUCUUCCCUUGUUUACUCCCCUUUUAGAACUCUGCGUCAAUUCAGAUUUUGUAUACAACCGUGAAUGUAAAAGAAUCGCGUGUUUACCUGUGCGAUUCUUUGUUUUUAGGUAUCAUAUUUAUGAUUUUGGUAAGUAUCAGUCAGUAUGUUUUUAUCUAAUUUCUCGAAGAAUUUAUAUAAACAGCUUGGAAACUUGACACUACGCUCGUACUCCAACUGCGUGUCCGUACUCAAUAUAACUCGAAUGUCAGUUAUUAUUCUUGAAAUUGUGAUCGAGUCCACCAAAUUGUGAAAUGAUAUGAACAAUUAUUGGUAAUUUUAUGUUUGUAAUAAUGAGAGAUAAAAAAAUCUUUUAAAAACCGUCAGGAUGUGCUUUUGAAAGUGUUGUUUAUUUCCGGGCCCUGGAUACGGAUAUUUAAAACAUGUUUACCGUUUCCAAGAACAACUGGAAUGGUAAAUAAAAAAUGUACCGGAAUCGUCAUGUCAUCACAUAUGAAAACAAUACAUAAAUCGUCGUGAAAUAUAUCUUUUAGCAAGAAUACCUUCGGUCUCGGUCACAAACAAUCCCGCGGGCUUCUGCAAACGUUAAUACACAAAACAAACGUGUAUUAUCCCUACAUUGAAAAAUGUUAUUCUGUUCAAGAUUCCUCAUAUUUAAGAUUGUCUGUCACAUGUUUCAACAAAUGUUGAAAAACAUAGAUUUUAUAUCAUGUUUCUCAUAGAUUUUAUGUUGUAAAUUAUCCUUUCUUAUUUAGCCUAUUUAAAAAAAUUACUUUUGAUAACAUACUUGUUACAUAAUAUAACUUGUUAUAUAGUCGGUUAUAAAAUCACCAGAGCUUAUGUUAC